CGUUUUGCUGCCAUUAGGUUGCGAUCCUGGCGCGGAGGGACGGGUUAGAGUAGGGAGAGGAGGGGGGUUAUUGUUGCUAUUCUUCAGUGCUAGCUAUGUAUGUAUGUAUACCUAGGUUACUCUUGGUCGGGCGGGCGGUUACACCAGCCUCGACUAGGCCUGGCUAGCGGGCUCGACGGACGCGUGCAGCGGGCAGCGUGUGCGGCGUUGCGCAUCUAUAGCUUAUUCUGCUUCUUCUUUUUCUUCUUCUUCCAUGGCAAAUAGACAAUCAAGCAUACACACUCACUCUCGGGAACCCAGA